GAGGGACUCACGUUUACAAGGACUAGUUAUGCUUAUUCGGCGCUUCUUGACAAAUGGGCUCAAGGUUGUCAGGGGGAGCCGAUUUGUCCACCACAGCCCUCCAUGGAGAAGCCCUCUCAUCCCCAUUGUGGUGGAACAGACGGGCCGAGGUGAGCGUGCCUAUGAUAUUUACUCAAGGCUGCUUAGAGAACGGAUAAUUUGCGUCAUGGGACCGAUUGAUGAUUCUGUGGCCAGCCUGGUUAUUGCCCAGCUACUCUUCCUUCAGUCAGAGAGCAACAACAAACCCAUCCACAUGUACAUCAACAGUCCUGGGGGUGUGAUCACAGCUGGCCUGGCCAUCUAUGACACCAUGCAGUACAUUCUGAACCCCAUCUCCACCUGGUGUGUGGGGCAGGCAGCCAGCAUGGGCAGUCUUCUGCUGGCUGCAGGCACCAAUGGAAUGAGGCACUCACUUCCCAAUGCCAGGAUCAUGGUGCACCAGCCUUCAGGUGGAGCAAGGGGUCAGGCCACUGACAUUGCCAUCCAGGCUGAGGAGAUUCUAAAACUGAAGAGGCAGAUCAAUAACAUCUACUGCAAACACACGGGACAACCUCUGGAAACCAUUGAGAGUGUCAUGGAGAGAGACCGCUACAUGAGUCCCAUGGAGGCCCAGGACUUCGGCAUUAUUGACCGGGUGCUGGUUCACCCACCCCAGGCCGGGAAGGACGAGCCUGAGAUUGUGCAGAAGGAAGCGCCCACCUCCACCAGCCCCUCUGCCCCCUCUGAUGCUGCUAGGCCUGUACAGGGUUCUGUAGCAAGCAGCCCGCCUUCAUCCUACAAACCUGAACCCUAAACCAGCCCAGGAGAACUGUGUCUGUACCUCUGUACUGAGUGUUGGGGAACAUUUAAGUAAAUGCUAAAUAUUUAAAUGUGAAAAAAAAAUAGAAGGUCAAUACCUGGUAGUCUCAAUUGUGAAAUUCUUAUUGAAUUACGUUGUAAAAUGGAAAAAGCAGACCUUCACAUGCAAGACUGAAUAAAUACAGGUCUUGCCUGGAUUUACAAAGAU